CAGCAACAAGGGGAAGUUGAGAAUCACAGUCAAGAAGCCGGCCUGUAGUCAGCCAGGCAACAGUUCCAUGCAGGCAAGGUCAGGAAAAACGUACUUUGCAUCCACAACUGCAGUUCCUGCCAAAGGCCAUCUAUUCCUGGGACUGCUUGCUUGGGACUGCUUCUGCAAAGACUCUGGCCCAGUUUUUAGCAGCACAGCUAGUUCCAUCAAUCCACGUUUCCAAAAUGGCAUUCAACGGCACAUGGCAGGUGUAUGUCCAAGAGAAUUAUGAAGCGUUCCUGAAAGCUAUUGCCUUGCCUGAAGACAUCAUCAAAACUGCCAAAGACAUUAAGCCAAUCAUUGAGAUCCAGCAAACGGGAAACAAUUUUGUUAUCACAUCCAAAACCCCCAACAAAUCUGUAACAAAUACAUUUACACUGGGGAAAGAAACCGAAAUGUCCACCAUGGAUAACAAAAAAGUAAAGUGCACAGUGAACCUGGUAGAUGGGAAACUAAUAUCCAAAACAGACAAGUUCACUCAUGAGCAAGAAAUAAUAGGCAACGAAAUGGUGGAGAAAAUAACUGCGGGCUCAGCAACAUUUGUCAGAAAAAGCAGGAAGAUUUAAAACUGCAAAGGAAGACCUUAUUUAGCAAUUGAUAUUUUUAUAUUUGGGAAAUAAAAUACACUUUCCACCAUC